AAUUUAAGAACCUAAUAGUAAUUCUCCCAAUCCAUUUUUCCACCCAAACACAGGCCACUUUCCUCUCUUACCGAUCGCUUAACAUUCUGCUCACUCCCUCCUGCUCUUCAACAGAAACUGAAGAGGCCAUCGUACACAAAUCCUUUUAUCAUCAAUUUCCCUUCAUGUUUCCAUUUGUCCUGAAACCAUAAACCUAUCGCCUCCCCUAAAUUCUCAUUCCCCAGGUCACUCUCCUCUUGUUCAGCUUCAAAUCAAGGUCCUACGCCAUCAUCACGGAGCACCAGCCGAAGCAUCACUGCGGGAAUUUGUUCCCAUUCAUCGUUCCUUGUUUUAUCGUUUGCUUCAUUGGGGUUUAGAAUACAUCAUACAGUUGGUUCCUGUCAGGCAUAUGCAAGAUGUCCCCCAGAAUAGCACAAAUUCGCCUUGUGAGUUCACAUCCUGAGGUUUAUGAGCCAUGUGAUGAUUCAUUCGCAUUAGUUGAUGCACUUCUAGCUGAUCGAAAUAACCUUUUGGAGCAUAAUCCUAGAUUAUGUGUGGAAGUGGGUUGUGGCAGUGGUUAUGUUAUUACCUCUCUAGCUCUUAUGCUCGGACCGCAUAUUCCUGGGGCUUACUAUAUUGCCACUGACCUCAACCCUCAUGCAGUUAGAGUGACUAGUGAGACACUGGAAGCACAUGGUGUUCAUGCAGAGUUGAUACAAACUAACAUUGCAUCUGGACUGGAAAAGCGACUGGAGAGGAUGGUCGAUGUGAUGGUUGUGAACCCACCUUAUGUCCCAACACCUGAAGAUGAAGUGGGUUGUGAAGGGAUUACUUCUGCUUGGGCUGGAGGGGAGAAUGGUCGGAGAGUUAUUGACAGGAUUUUGCCCAUUGCAGAUUGUCUUUUGUCCGACAGAGGCUGGUUAUACAUGGUCACUCUUGCAGCAAAUGAUCCUUCACAGAUAUGUCGUCAAAUGAAAAAGAAGGGUUAUGCUUAUAGAAUUGUCAUCCAGAGAUCAACAGAAGAAGAGAAUCUUCAUAUCAUCAAGUUCUGGCGGGAUCCUGACUGUGAAUUGGAUGUGAAGACGCCCGUGACAAACAAAACAUUUCCUGAAAGGGUUGUGGAGUCGCUGGUUUCACAGUUUCCGCAAUUGUCAUCCUGGAGAACUGGUGGUAGCAACAGCUGAUUAAUCAGAAGGGACUCAUUAGCGAUGUGUGUUCUAGAACAAACUCCAAGGGCUUCAAAACAUUCUUUGUAGCCAGCGACAGAGCAUGUGGAUGUCAAUGUUUUGAAGACCUUAUGACUUUAUCUGCAACUUGGAGAGCUUCCUUGUCCGUGACAUUGGAACUUCAGCUUGCUCAUUGGUGUUAGUUUUUUGGUUCUAAACCACUUCUCCAAUUGAACCCUCCAAACUUUAAAAAUGGGUCAAAUAAACCCAAAAUUAACGAAAGUUAUCUGUCAUUAAACCUUCAAGCCCAAAGACACGUGGAACCCUGGUUUUUGGAGAUGUAUAUACGAUGAAGAUGCUUCUGUGUGCUGCUGUUUUUUGCA